AUGGCGGACGCCUUCCAGGCCCGGACGUUGAAACGUAAGAACGUCAAGGGUCUUGCUCUCAAUGCAGCCCCUAAAGCCACCGCCAACUCCGAUGGCGAUGCGCAGGCCCCUGGUGCACUCGGGAACUCGGAGGUCAACCGCACAGAUACAUUGGAAAUCGGUCUCGAGUUUCGUCUCGAUCUUCGCAGCGAGGAUCUGGUCACAUUGAAGGAGCUUGGCGCUGGAAAUGGCGGAACGGUGUCCAAGGUGAUGCACGCAUCAACCAAGGUGGUGAUGGCCCGAAAGAUUAUUCGCGUCGAAGCCAAAGAGAACGUGAGGAAACAAAUUCUACGAGAACUGCGCGUGGGGCACGACUGCAACUGUCCCAAUAUCGUGACCUUCUACGGUGCAUUCCAGAAUGAAGCGAGAGAUAUUGUGCUGUGUAUGGAAUAUAUGGAUUGCGGCUCUCUCGACCGCGUUUCUAAGGACUUCGGUCCCGUCCGGGUGGAUGUGCUGGGAAAGAUUACCGAGUCAGUGCUGGCUGGUCUGGUGUACCUGUAUGAAGUCCACCGUAUCAUGCAUCGUGAUAUCAAGCCCUCCAACAUUCUGGUCAACUCGCGCGGUAAUAUCAAGCUUUGCGACUUCGGUGUCGCUACAGAGACCGUCAACUCCAUUGCUGAUACCUUUGUCGGCACAUCGACAUACAUGGCCCCUGAACGUAUUCAGGGAGGAGCCUACACGGUCCGUUCAGAUGUGUGGAGUGUUGGUCUGACAGUGAUGGAGUUGGCCGUUGGAAAAUUCCCAUUCGACCACUCUGACUCUGCAGCUGGUAACCGUGCUAGUGCUGGCCCAAUGGGUAUUCUGGAUCUCCUUCAGCAAAUUGUUCACGAGACAGCACCAAAGCUGCCUAAGAGUGAUGCGUUUCCACCUAUUCUGCACGACUUUGUCGGCAAGUGUCUCCUGAAGAAGUCUGAGGAGCGACCAACUCCACGAGAACUAUACGACAAGGACGCAUUCCUGCAGGCUGCCAAGCGCACGCCCGUCAACCUCGAGGAAUGGGCAAUGAGCAUGAUGAAGCGACACGACCGCAAGUCCUACCUGGGACCUCCAGCACCAAAAUCUCUCCGUGAAACCUCGACCCCAGUUUCCAACUCGGCCUCAUCCCCGGUGCCCUCAUCAGGAACGGGUGCCAAACCCCCACCCAUCAGCAAGCCAUCUCGUACGCCCCAGCAGUCUCCCUUCCCAACGAACCCAGCAUCGAGCGACCUGCCUCUGCAUGAUCCCCGCUACUACCCUCAGCCUCAGUCCAGCCACUACGUCUCUUCACGGUCUCCUCAACCCCCAUCUCUGGAGCACCUUUCGCUGGAAACAAACGAUGACAGCGACAUCCGUUCCGGCCGCCAGGCAAUGCGUCAGCACCUAGGAGAUCCGGUGUCAGCUAUUGAUGCACCAUCUCGCCCAUUUAUGAGCCCCCGCUCUGCAAGCUCGAACACUUCCUCCUCCAACUCCCGCACCAAUCUUCACGCAGCCACACUGCCUUUGCGCCCUGCUCCUCCGAACGGUGCACCUCCCGCUCCGCCAGUCUCAGCUGGUGGGACCUGGCGCAACCAGCCAAGCCGUGACGCAUAUCGCUAG